AUGUUCCUUCGGAAAUUCUGGAAUCAAUGGACUUUGGAGGAAAAUGCACGUCGUAUGACAAUAACUGUAUUGCCUUCGGGUACCAAAAAAGUUCAUUUAAAAGAGCCCAACGAGUUAGCCGAAUUAUAUCCGGAUCGUGCAAAUGAUAAAGGUUUGUUUUGAUUUUUUUUUGUUGAAAACAUAAACCAGAUUAAAAUUGUACACAUUUUUUAUUAUUUGAUAAAUACAUGUCUAUCUAGCUAAAAAAUCUAUAAAAAAAAUCAGAGGGACUAACACUUUCUAACUAACUCAUGUAUUUCUCCACGUUUUUCUUGCCUUUUUUUGGCUCAAGAAUAUGUGCUCUCAAAUUGAUAAAUGACUGUGUGUGUGUGUAUCCUUAUAUAUCCUCUCCCCCUCUUUUUCUCUUUAUUUUUGUUUAGUUUGGUGAAGAAGACAAAAAAUUGUGGCGUGGCGGUGUAAAAGAGGAAAAAGGCCAAACAACUUUUUUUUCGGCUCAAAAAAUUUUGGAAUUUAGGGAAAAUUCUAAUGGUGACCUGAAGUGGGAAAACUUGAUGGAAGAGGAAAUGUGAAAUGACAAGGUUCUGAAAAAUCUGGAAAUGGGGAAUUUAUAAAUUUUUCGAGUCCAGGUUCUGUAAUCCAAGUAUUUUGACUGAAGAAACUUCCCCGUUUUUGACAUCAAAAUCUAUUUCAAAAUUUUUUGUAAAAGCUGGAAAUUGAAAAAAAAAACACAUCCAGAAAAAGUUUUCGUAUUCUCAUCAAAGUUCAGAUUUAUAAAAUUACCUCGAAAUGGAAAAUUCUGAACGUUCUCAUGUUUCAUAAUUAAUUUUGAAUGAAUACUAUGAUGCUUUAAAAGUUUCUUCAUUUUUGCCAAUUUUCAAAGUUCAAUGAACGAUUUGAAAAUGAGAGUUGUCAUAUUUUUUGUUGAAAUCUAGAUUUUUGAGACCCGAUCACAUAGCUUUCAAAAUCAAAUUUCCAAUUCUCACAGAUCCACAAAAACAAUAACAUCAAAUCUUUUCCCAUGUUUUCUUCUAAAUAUAUAUGUAUACAUCAUAAAUGAAUCUAAAAAACCCUAUAAAAACUGCAUUAGCAUCUCUGAUUAAUGCACAUAAAACCUUCUUCAUUAUGGUCUCCUCAUUUUUCAUCAAAUCUCACUAUACUUUUUAGUAGAUCAAAAACAUUUAUUUCAAUCAUUCAGUUUUUCACUUACACCUAAUUCAUCAAACAAAUAUUUUGUCAAACAACUGUUUCAUUGUGGGUUGAAAUGAGUUCUAAUUUUAUAUAUUUUAUGAGGGAUUUUCAGAAAAACAGGAAAAACUAUUAAUUUUUACUGCUUAUAAAACUCAUUUCUUUUGAAAAUUGUUUUCAAUAAAUAAUGAUGACAGCAAAAGUUGACUUCUUUUUUCAUUAUUUUUUUUUUCACAUUGGCAAAAAAAAUCCAUCUACCCAAUGUGAGAUGAACCCAAAUUUCAUAAAUUUUUCAAUAGGAGUCAGUUUUAAUUAGGUCCAUCCCUUUUCAACUACCCGAAUCGGCCACUUCCUUUUUCUUAUAUGUUUCUUUUCUCAUUUUUUUGCCAGUUGGCCUUUUUUUGUUGUAAGCUACAUGUAGUUAGUUAUUUCAUAAAUGAGGUUGUUGUAUAACUAAUAUAUCAAAUAUGAAGGAAAAUGUAGAUUAAUCAAAAAUAUUUUCAUAUUUGUGUGUUUUUAAGGCUUGCAACUCAAAAUAUUGCACACCCAAAAAUAUGUAUUUAUGUGUAUAUAAUUUAGUUUUGAAAACGAAAAAAAACAGAACGACACCACUAACUAGACCCAGUUGAAACAGACUCCUUUUUCCUUUUGCGUUUUUUUUAGAAUAUUAUUUUCUACAUCAAACAUAAAUAAAUCUUGCUCCACAAUAGAUUUAUUUUCUUAUCCAAGUUCCUGUUCUUUUAUUUAGUUUGUUUUGUCUGAAAAUUAAUUCACAUAAGAUCUAAUUUUAGAUAUCUUUCCUUUUCCCAAAGAAUUUUCUAACAAAAAAGGUCCCUUGUCACCAAAACUAUUUGAGCUCAAAAAAAGCCGCCGAAAAUUGUUUUUUCUCAUUUUUUUUUGAAAAAUAUUAUAUUCUUUGAAGCUUUGACAAUAUGUUGCGAUGAUAUUUUCGCAAGCAUUUCGUAACGAACAAUUCAGUCCAGCUGUUGCGCUUUUUAGCGCAGCAGGUCUUAUUAAAACUACUGCUGGAAUAAAAGAGGACGAAGCGAAGAAUGAUGAACAGAAGAAAGGUUUGUUUGAAGUUUAUUCUAAUUUUUUGGAUGGUGCCAGGAAAAUCCUGAUGGAAAAAUACCAAAAUUAAAAUUUGUGAUUUUCUCUAUUUUCUCUCAACAAUCUUCCCUUUCUUUAAAAAUGUAGCUUCUUAUGCUUGAAAUAUUCAAGAAAAUCUGAAAUUAAAUUAGGUUUUUUUUUUCAUGCAAUGUUUUUUAAUUCAUAAAAAUUUCAUAGGAUCUUUCGGUUUUGGAGCAUUCAACUGACAACCUAGUAUUUUUCAGAAAGUGGAAGAUUAAGUUAA